UCAUUCAUUUUUGCAUGGUGGUCACCUUUGCUCUCGAUACUCGUAUCUGCCCAUUUCACUCGAUGUAUAUAAUUCUUCUUGUGGUUGGAUUUAUUCUUGUAUUUGCUCGUAAAUAAGUAAAUCAUUCCUUGGUGAGUGGUAGUGUUUGUGGUAAAAGUGCCGGGUGGAGUUAGUUAGUGGGUAGUAGUACUGAGGAAAUAGAUUUACUCGACAUUUUUCCGUUUACGGACGAAGGCUUCGGAUAACUCCAAAAGUGUGUGAAUCCUCCUCCUCCCGAUACUCGGACCUUGAUGGGAUUUGUAUGUUCAACUUGGAAUGCCAAGAACACUCUGGAACGGUGAUAGGAGCCUGUGUUGACCGCUUCCUGUUCGGUGCUUGUUGUCACAUCGCGGACCCCGUCAAGAGAAAGGAGAUUCUCAGCGGAGCAAAUUCCACGUCGCCUGGAGAAAUCAGCACUUCGGCUCUACUUUCACCACUUUCACCCGGAAGCCCAAAUGUUACCCGGGUUGCGUCUGGAGGAAAGCCAACUCCGUCGUCCCGUCCAACUGACGUCCCUUCUUUUGCUCCUCAUCCCCAUGAAAAUCAUUCAACCCGCUUUCCGUCUCGGAGCCCGGGCGGGUCGUCAACUGGUGGAAAGGUCGCAACGACGCGUCCAUCUUCUCCUCAUCCACCUCCAGUACCAUUUGGAGAACGUACAGCUGUACUUGCUCCCUCUCACCCUACUCCUCUUCUUCCUCUCUCUCUGGAAACUUUCUCCAGUGUCAGUCAUUCUGCUUCUCACGGCUCUGACGGAGGUCACAACGCUCUGCGUCUUGCGGAUGGCCAACCUUCUGAAUCUGUGGAACAUGAGACACUAGGCUUGGGUUUUGUAGUGUCGAGAAAUAAAAACAAGCCGAGACCAAGUAGUACUAAAUUUAGUGUUAGCAGUAGUAGCGAUAGUUUUAGGGAUAGAAUGACGACGACUCCUGAGCCGCCUAAAAUUUCUACGUUUAUGUACCUCGACAAUGACGACUCUAAAAUGACGAGCACACAAAAGACGACGAGCAGUAGUACGAGUGAACGAGUUGGGGAGGAAGAUUCCUCGUCUUCCAUUUCUUCCCCUGGAGACAAUCAGGAGUUGGAGAGUAACACGGAAAAUAUUUGGUCAGUCGUGAUGCAACUCGGAUCUCAAGAUAAGUUGUUGAACUUGGCGAGCCAAAACCCACCCAAGCAAGGGUCACAUUCCAUGGCUCCCUCGGAAUCUGCGACCGCAAUGAUGGCAGAGUUGAUUUCUUCUUCUUCUUCCUCCUCUUCUGGUGAUUUUAAGACUGAUGGCGACAUUGAAAGCAACGAAUCGACGAGAUAUCCCCCACUCAAAUUUUUUGGUGAUGUUGGCGUUCAAGCGAGUGAUGAUGACGAAGAAAGUGGCACGACUGAGAGGGAAGUCGAGGUCACGAACAGGCCGUGGGCAGCCUCGACGUAUUAUGUGCAUACAUUCAAAUACCCCAAUUUUACUGGGGGAGAAGACAUGUCUUCUUCGGAUGAAGAGUUUGAUUUUGUUCCGUCAAGUAGCAAAACGACUACGAGCACAACCACAACGACAACGACGACAACAACCACCACGCCAAAGCCAUUGCCACCUUCGUCUUCUACUCAACCGUCGAUUGGGAAAAUUACGACUUGGUCUGGAAUUGGAACUGUGGUAGAUAAGGAACAGUUGGAGAAUAAACAUGCGGAUAAAACUACCAAAGUAAUGACGAGGACGACGACGCCACCGUCAACGACGACGUCAACAACGACGCCAACCACUACGCAAAGAACGACGAGAAGGCCUCCACCCACUACGACUAAGAAAUACUCCACAUCUCGAAGAACCACCACCACAACUACCACGACCACUACAACCACUGAGAAACCAAGUACCACAACGGAAGAACCCAUUGAAAAAUGGAGAAGGCCUCAACCCUACACACUUCCCCCACAUAAACGCCCUACGACAACAGAGGCCCAAGAAACGUCGGCAGAGGAUGAAGCCAAUGACGACGAUUUGAACUUGGAAGAAGAGAUUGAAGUUGAAACAAAGGAAGAACCUACGACGAAAAAGUCAACGACUAAAAAACCCACGAAACUUGGAGUGAAAACACCAGCAAAGAAAAACAGUGAGAAAGAACACCGGAAACCGGCAGCCCCGAUUUCCAGCUCCAUCAUUUUGGAUGAAGAUAUGGACACGAAUUUGGACGAUUUUGUUGAACAGGUUGUCCAAGGUCUGGCUGGGUCACUGGACAACUUGAAUAUUGACAAUGUCAUCCUCAGCGCUAACAAUGACCACCACAUCCCCGCCGACAACGUGGACAAUGCCAUUGAUCCGCAAGAGUUUAUCGCAGAUCCUUCAUUCCCACCGUUUCCCAUUCUCGGAGAAACUCUGCUGACCAAACCAAACGUCAAAAACAAUGCGGACGUUGACGCCGUUAUUCCAGAAACAACCACCCCCACGACUACAACCACCACAACUACGCAGAAGCCGCUCGACUGGAGAAAAGAUUGUGGGGUGCGUACUCAACAAAAGUCGGGACGUAUUGUGGGCGGAACUGCGUCCAAAUUUGGCAAAUGGCCAUGGCAGGCCUUAGUCAAGGAAGCGACAUGGCUGGGUCUCUUUUCCAAAAACAAGUGUGGUGGGGUUCUCAUAGCUCCAAAAUAUGUCCUGACCGCGGCCCAUUGUCAACCCGGAUUUCUCGCAACAUUGACCGUAGUUUUGGGAGAAUUGGACAUAUCCUCGACAUCUGAAGGAGGUGCGAACUCAAUUACCAAGAACGUUCGAAGAGUCAUUGUUCACAGGGAUUAUAAUGCACAAACAUUUGAAAAUGAUAUUGCAUUAUUGGAAUUGGAUUCACCUGUUGAAUUUAAAAGUCACAUUGUUCCCGUUUGUUUGCCGAAUGACGACGAAGAAUUUCUUGGAAGGAAAGCAUUUGUUACUGGAUGGGGUCGUCUCAAAUACGGAGGCGGAGUUCCUCAAAUUUUGCACGAGGUAGAUGUUCCAAUCCUGAAAAAUGACGAGUGUCAAGAGAUGUUUCACAAAUCCAACCAUUUGAAAGCCAUUCGAGACAGUUUUAUUUGCGCCGGCUAUGCGGAAGGAAUCAAAGACUCGUGUGAAGGGGACAGUGGUGGACCGCUCUCCAUUCAAAGACCGAAUGGUCAGUGGGUUUUGGCCGGAACCGUUUCUCAUGGAAUUAAGUGCGCAUUCCCCAGCUUACCAGGAGUGUAUAUGCGGAUGACAUACUACAAAGCGUGGAUUAAACGCGUUACCGGAAUUAAAUGAUAAUACAACUUGAACCAUUUAUAAAGCAAAUGAAUUAUUUUUGUUCGCUCAAAUUCUUUCAUCUUUUUUGUGAUAACUGUUGUCAUCUUUAAGAAUUCUUUACUGACUGUCUGUGACACUGUGACCAUCCCCCAUGUGUGGGGUAGCCCAUAUUAACCCAAUUUUCCUCAAACGACGAACUAUUAAUUAGUUUAUUACCAUAUUUUAAUUAUUUAACUAGGUUAGUAUUUAUUUAUACGUAUGUGUAGGGUACGGAAGUAUUUUUAGUUAUUUAUUUAUUUUUAUAAGACAAAGACAGUGUGUACAUGUGAUGAAUAUUUGUAAGGUUUGGUUGGUUUGUACAUAGUCGAACUAUUUAGUAAAUGCAAUGUUAUGUAAAUUAGAGAAUUUGUUGCUUGUGUGUAAUUUAUUAAUUAUUGGAUAGAGAUUGAAUAAAAUAUUGAAAUACUAAAGAA